ACAAUCGUUCUAACACUUCAGUAUACGUCCACUGUUCAGCUUGUGUGCUUCGAGUCCAAGAAUUUGGAGACAUGAAAUUGGCAAUUCAUUGUCUUGUUAUUUACGUGCAGUUCCUAUGUCUAUCUGCAGAGCAAAGUGCAUUUCACGAUGGCGAGGCUUGUUUGAUUCAAUACUUGCAAAAGAAAGGAAAAUUGGAUGACAAUUUCAAAUCGAUGGAAAAACCGUCUCCGAACUGUUUAUUUGUUAUGCCGCUGACUAAAAUGGUUCUGCGGAAGACAUUUACGGAUCGGAUCGACAGCGAAAUUCCCAACCAUUCCGACUGUUUGAAGGCCAGAUUCGACAGUCAAGAUACAUUGGACUUGGUGAUCAAGAUCAGUGUCAUUCGGGAAGUGGAUAUAAAAACUGAAUUGGAUCCGGUUCGGCAAGCACUGCAUGAAGAUCUUAAAGGCAUCAUGUCCCAUUGUGACACGAAUGACGAAAGUUUUCUUGCCAUUUUCAAUGAUUAUCUGGGAAAUAAAAACGAAACCUUGGCGGUGCUGCAGGAGGAUUAUUGUGUGUCAAAGUAUGUGGCCGAUAAUAAAAUUUUAGACUUGACGGAUGUCGAACUGAACCCCAGUCAGAUCGACAUUGAAAAUCUGAACUGCAACCAAAUGGUCGAAAAGCUGAGAAAUGAUUCGGAAAAGGAACUCAGCGACAAAAUCUCAACGUUGCCACAUGGUCAGAAGAUAUUGGUGUGCGUUAUGGAUGCGUAUAAGAUUAACAAGAUCUUCGACACCGGUAUUGCGCUGAAAGUUCUUUACAAUCUGGACGUUCCGAAGGAUAUAAAAGAGGCGGAAAAAGUUCGACUGACUCAGAUACUUUCUGGCUUCGGUUUGGCAACAUUCAAUUGUUCUUAGGCUGAUUUGUUCUUCAGGUGCGGUCAUAGACCCACACAUUCUUUACAUUAUUGUUAAAAUUUGGUU